AGUGAUUAUUAUCGUUGUUUGAAAGUUGUUGCAAGUGAAAAUAAACAAUAAAGUCAAGAUGAUGAAGAAGUUUCGCAUAAAGAACAUCCUCACUGGCCUCUUCACUUCGGUGCUGUGCUCUGGACUCGCUAUGGCAUCGUAUCCCGACAGCGUAAACGUGGCUUCACGCUCGUCUGGUCUGCAGGGCUGUCGGGCGACUACCACUUCCGUACGCUUCAAGACCCUGACUAUGCGGGGCCCGAAAUCGAUGGUGAUAUACCGACGCCUUUCGAUUACGACGAGCAAUUUAGCCUUCGCAACGACUGCGUCCAAGAUUAUCGCAGCUUCGGAUGUGGCGCAGUGCGCAAGAAUGUCUGCCUUGGCAGAUAUGACUGCUUUUGUGUUCAAUGGAACCUGCACGGCUUACCAAUUCAAUAAGAAGCUCUGCUCCUGUCAUGGUGGCGAGAAAGUCAUUUACGUGGCGGAUUCCAGCAUUUCCUACGGACCUCCUGCAACUGUGACUUUAAGCACCGCUCCCUACAUCAACACCACUGUCGAAAAUGUCGAAUUCAAGCAGUACCAGCUCGUGAAUUUCUUCUCGGAUGUCCUUUCUCGAGUUGUGACAUCAAUUGAUGGAAAAGUGGUCAAAAAGUACCAGUCAAAUUACGUCUUCUCUCGAGAAGAUGGCGGUUACAACGCUAUUUCCUUUUCCGAUUUGGACUUGGCUUCUUGCGUCACCGACACCUCAUGCGGGGGGAUGCCCAUCCUCGUCAAUACAACUCAUCUGACUUAUUACAUACUAAACGAAUGCGGCAAGACCAUCCAACUCCCGCCUAGAAGUUCCGUCGUAGAAUACAUUGCGGUGUUCUCACAUCCCGGGUUUGGAUGCAAGGCUUUCCCCGACGGCCCAAACUACAACUGCAGCGUCACCUUCAAGGCGGCUAAUCGAUUGUCCCUUAUCUAUUCUGGUUAUUUUUCUGGCGCUGACGGGUCCUGCGACGGCUACACGCUGAGCCUAGAAAGAAGUUCCUACGGCAUUUCAGACAACGUUAACUUGUGCAGCCGUGGAUGGGAUGGGAGCUCCGAUUCUGUAACUUUCAUUCUCCGAGGCACUGCGGCGGCAAAGAAGUUCAAAGUUGGGUUCUCCGUUUUUGUGACAUAAUUGAUGAGACUUGCAGCCUAAAUUAAUGGCUAACGGCCGGAAAAGCGGACUUUGAUGGGAGGUAUCAAAGCAUGUGUGCGAGAAUUAAAUUUUUCUACUGACGACAUUUUGAUGUCAGUAGUUAUUAGUUUAGAGAAUCGUUUUUUUUACCGACUCUGGUAAUGAUUGACAAUAAUCUCGAGCAGCGGUUUGCUAUUAGGCUUUCCAAUUUUGACACAAUGCGACAAUGGCGAAACUUCGGCAUACCUUUUAUAGCGUAGAGCACGUUUUGUUUUCACGUUUAUUGGUUGCGUAAAAAGUCAGGUUAAAGGCAGUGCUGAGCUGUUCGUAACUCAAAAGGCUAUAGCAACGAAUUUAAGGGGACCGGCUACCCUAAAAUUUGAAAAUUUUGAGUUUUUCUGU